UUUAUUAUUUUUAGAUAUUUUGCUGCCGGAUAACAGCCCUUGUCCAGACUACAAGCCGUUGUCGUACUCUUCCUGAAACGUGGCAAUAAAGACCCGACUCUCCCCUUUAAAACGUGCCGAACCCGGUCCGAGAUCGGAAGCGCCGGCGGAACCGGUCCGGUCCGGUCCGUUAUAUUCUGCUUUAUAUGCGGUGUUCUUCCUUAUUUUUUUUUGGGAAGGACUCUGUUUCCCCUCGUUGGCUUUAACGGAGAUUAAGGAUUUCUCUUGGGGCGCUGACGGACUGAAAACACAGUUCCUUCCUAAUGUUCAGCAGGAUGGCGACGCGCUGCAGACGGGACGGGGACAGCGGGAAUCCGGGCCACGGGGCGGUGGCGCUGCUCCUGCUCGUUAUUUGCGCCGUUUCCCGCUGCACAGAUGCCCAGGAGCAGAGGGCCCCCGUGCCAGGAAAGCUUCUUGUCGUCACGGUGGCUACGGAGGAGACGGAUGGCUUCAAGAGGUUCUUGCGGACCGCCAGGGAGUUCAACUACACCGUCAAGGUGCUCGGUUUUGGGGAGGACUGGAGGGGGAAGCCAGGAGGGGGCCACAGGGUCCGCUGGCUGAAGAAGGAGCUGCAGAAGUACAAGGAGCAUCCGGAGCUGGUCAUCCUUUUCGUGGACAGCUAUGAUGUCAUCUUCGCCAGCGGCCCCCGCGAGCUCCUCUGGAGGUUCUCCAGAAUGGGCCACCGCGUGGUCUUCUCAGCUGAUACUUUCUGCUGGCCUGACCAAAAGCUGGCGACCCAGUACCCGAAUGUCAAGACGGGCCUGCGCUUCCUCAACUCUGGGGGAUUCAUAGGCCACGCCCAGGAGCUCAUCGCCAUUGUCCAGCAGUGGAAGAGAGAGGACAAUGAAGAUGACCAGCUGUUCUACAGUAAGAUCUACCUGGAUGAGGUGCAGAGGAAAAGCCUGAACAUCACUCUGGACCGUGGCUCCUACAUCUUUCAGAACCUGAACGGCGCCCUCGAGGAAGUGGUGAUGAAGUUUGAAAAGGAGCGGGUCCGCAUCAGGAAUGUGGCCUAUGACACACUUCCUGUCAUCAUCCAUGGCAACGGCCCCACCAAGCUACAGCUUAAUUACCUGGGCAAUUACGUCCCGACGGCCUGGACCCACGAGCACGGCUGCGGAAUCUGCGAUGACGACCUUCUAUACCUUGGCGACGUGCCGGACGAGGAGCUGCCCGUCGUGCAGGUGGGCGUGUUCAUCGAGCAGCCCACCCCCUUUCUGGAUGAAUUCCUGGAUAGGCUGGCCACCCAGAGCUACCCUGCCCACCGGCUCCGGCUCUUCAUCCACAACAACGUGGUCCAUCACGAGCCUCACAUGCAGCGAUUCUGGCAGCAGCACCGUCACCUGUUCCCUGAGGCCCGGAUCGUGGGGCCCGAGGAAAAUCUACAGCCUGGCCAGGCCAGAACCAUGGCCAUGGCCUCGUGCCGCCAGGAUCCCAUGUGCGCCUAUUACUUCAGCAUCGACGCCGACGUGGCGCUGGUGAACCCGGAUGCCCUGCGGAUCCUUAUCGAAGAGAAUAAACCGAUCAUUGCCCCCAUGCUGUCCCGGCACGGGAAGCUGUGGUCCAACUUCUGGGGGGCCCUGAGCAGGGAGGGCUACUACUCGCGCUCGGAGGACUACAUCGACAUCGUCCAGGGCAAGCGCCUCGGCGUGUGGAACGUCCCCUACAUCAGUCAGGUGUUCCUGAUCCGAGGAGACACCCUGAGAACCCAACUGAAGCAGAUCAGCCUGUCCUCACAGAAGGAUCAGGACACCGAUAUGGCCUUCUGCAGGGCGGUGAGGGAGCAGGUCAGUCUCUCUCUGUCCUCACAGAAGGAUCAGGACACCGAUAUGGCCUUCUGCAGGGCGGUGAGGGGGCAGGUCAGUCUCUCUCUGUCCUCACAGAAGGAUCAGGACACCGAUAUGGCCUUCUGCAGGGCGGUGAGGGAGCAGGGUGUGUUCAUGUUUGUUUCAAACCGUGACAACUUUGGCCGCCUCAUCUCCAGCUCCAGCUACAACAGCAGCCUCCUCCACCCUGACAUGUGGCAGAUGUUCGACAACCCCAUGGACUGGGAGGAAAAAUAUAUCCAUGAAAACUACUCUAAAAUCUUAGAGGAUGGAAGCAAUAUUGUGGAAGAGUCCCAGCCAUGCCCAGAUGUGUACUGGUUUCCAGUCUUCUCCGACAAGAUGUGCGACGACCUGGUGGCGAACAUGGAGAGCUUCAGCCAGUGGUUGCGAGAAGGCCACAAGGGUGAGAGGCUGGUGGGGGGGGAUGAGAACGUGCCCACGGUGGGCAUCCACAUGAACCAGAUGGGCUUCGAGAAGCAGUGGCUCCACUUCCUUCAGAAGUACAUCGCUCCGGUUGUGGAGAAGAUCUACCCUGGCUACUACACCAGGGCACGGGCCGUGAUGAACUUUGUGGUGCGGUACCGGCCAGAUGAGCAGCUGUCCCUGCAGCCACACCAAGACUCCUCCACAUUCAUCAUCAAUAUCGCACUCAACAGCAAGGGCGUGGACUAUCAGGGGGGCGGCUGCCACUUCCAGCGGUAUGACUGCAGGGUGGAGGCCCCCAGGAAGGGCUGGUCCUUGAUACAUCCAGGCCGCCUGACGCACUACCCCGAAGGGCUGCCCACCACUCAGGGCACGCGGUACAUCAUGAUGUCGUUCAUCGACCCCUAGGCACUGAGUCUUGGGGGAUUGUGUGUUUGUGUGUGGGGGGGGGGGUCUCAGGUGAGGAGUUUGAGGGUCUGGCCUUCUGGACAAAGACUCUAUGGUACUGUUUACACUGUGGGCUUUAACAGUACGUAAACUCCAGGUCUAAAGUGGAUGUGUGAAUGGAAAAUAGCACCAGGUUUCAUGGCUGUGAAUAAUUUACAGACCAGAUCACUGUCUUACCAGUAAAAGCCAGAUGAUGAUUUCUGUCCAAACUGUGAUUUUAAUUGAAGCGGCACAGCUGUAACCAGCAGCCAGCACUUCCUGAAGACGACCAUUGUGCUGUGUUAGAGUGAAUGUGUGGAGAGCAGAGAGCAUGUUAACUGAAGGUGCUGUGCGAUAAGCAUAGAGGUGUAUAAAAAAACCGUAAAAUCAGCAGCAAACCCCAUUUUCAUGUUUAAAAUACCUGUACCUAAUAAGGUAGUUUUUAAUUUCCUAACACGUAAUCAAAACCAUUGCAACUGCUUUGGAAUUGUCUACAAGUUUCAUUUCUUUGUAUUUUUGAAAUUCACCUGCUUGUCCUGCUGUGCCCCAUGUGCUCGACUGUACAGCAGAUGUUCGUUUUGUUUUUAACACUUGGGUGGGUUAAAUAAAAGCUUCUUUACACUG